AUGGCCCCUUCGCUCGUUAAUCUGUUAUAUUCUGUUGUCAAUACUCGGUUAUAUUCUGUUGUCAAUACUCGGCUGUAUCCAAGGAUGCGAUUUCUUUCAAGUCAAAAUCUUUUGGGUGCUCCUGUAGAAUUUGGAAAUCUUCGUAUUUUGACUCCUGUUAGUCUGAUUUAUGUUUUGACGCCCGUUAAUCUAGUUUGUUCGACUAUUGACAAUAUUUUUUAUUUCUUGUUUGCCACAGAGUUCCCGAAGCAAAACGAUCCUAUGAGAUUCUUCAAGGGGAGCAAGGUGGAGGUACUGCAGGAGGCAGAGGUGCCAUUUGGUUCUUGGAGGCCUGGUGAGAUCAUCUCCGGCAAUGGACACACCUACUUGGUGAGAUAUGAUGAAAGUCCCGUUGACUCUAGCGUGGCUGUUGAAAGGGUGCCAAGAAGGUUGAUGAGACCUCGCCCUCCUGUGGAUGAUCCUGUACGCUGGAGUUUGGGUACUAUUCUUGAGGCCUUUGACAGCUACUCGUGGAAGGUUGCUGAGGUGGUGAGAGUGCUUGGAAAGAAUCAAUAUCUAGUCAGGCUGCUUGGGUCUUCGCUGGAGUUGAGUGCACAUGCAUCGGAUCUUCGAUUGAGGAAGCUUUGGCUAGAUGACAGAUGGGUUGUGACUCAGAAGUAUUCCGCAAGAUGCUUGGAUGGUGGUGCAUUCAGAGGCCGAUCGAAAGAUGGAAAUGUAGACCAUAACCAUAACUUCAGAAUGGACAGGCGUAUUCAACUUGAGAACCUGAAUGCUUUUGAGGGUGAUACAUCUAGAGGCAUCAAGAGAAAAUCGUCUGCUAUGUCAACACAUCCUCAACGCAGUGAAAUCACUAAGAGAUUGCGGACACCAAAUAGAGAAGGAAGGUACUCAAAGCUGGUUGAUAGAGGUUUUUUCCCUUUGGCUGAAAAGGUAGAUGCUGUUGAUUCCACAUGCUUUAUGCUGGGUGGGAAAUACAUGCAUGCUAGUCAUAAAGGGCAUACUAGAACAACUGAAGAAUUUAGUGACACAGAGAGUAUCUCAUCUUCUGUUGGUAGUUCUAGUCCUAACAGUACCCCCCAUAGAUCACAGUAUUAUAAUUUGGUCUACCAAAGUGGAGAUACCUGUAGUAGAACUGAUGAUGAUGAAGCUUCUACAUCUGAAAGAGAAACAUCAGAACAUGAUAACGAUGGAUUGAGGGAAGAAACCCAUUUGUUGGAAGAAACCCAUUUGCUGGAAUUACAUGCUUAUCGUUCAACAAUGUUAGCCUUGUAUGCUUGUGGGUCAAUUAGCUGGGAGCAAGAGGCUUUGUUGACUAACCUAAGGUUAACACUGAACAUCUCAACUGAUGAACAUCUAGCUGAAUUGAGGAGUUUGGUUGCCCAUGCUGUUACUUCCAGAUAG